AGACGACGGAAACAUUUAGUGUAUCAGCUGUGUGUUAUUAAUAGCGGGACGGUGAUUGACUAUAUUGACUCUAUCAUGACGACUGAUGAUAUUUCCUCCCUCGGUGGCGUGUUUUCUCUUUGAAUACCGGUAGUCCAGUUCUUAGGACUUUGAUUAGUGGUGGUGGUUACAUAGAUACAUACUUACUCCGUACUUACCGACCUCAAGUACUUACUGCCCUGGUGCCUGGUGAUCUGUCCAAGGAAUGUAUCUACUGUACUUCCAAUACGUAAGUACACCUACCUACCCUCCCGGCCUAUACGAACCAUCCCCGUCCCCAUAACGACCUCACUAAGAUAUGACCUGUCUCUCGAAUAGGUAGACCGCCUUCACUGCGCACCAGAUAAGUAGGAGAUGAGUGAAUAGUAAUACAGGUAGCUAUUAUACCUCUUAAGAGAAGUAGGUAGGUGCCGACUUGGAGGUAUGGGAAGGCCGGUUCCUCCCGCUCUUUGUACAACCUGUAUGUUGUGUAUUAUUGUUGAGACCCGGUGGUUCCUGAAUAUAGCAUCAUCAUCACCACCAUUAUGGCCAUUAUUAACGCUACGUACAUGUGUAUUCGGUACCUGGUCAUUCGUUCAUUCGCUCCUCGGGUCCCACGCAACAUGUUGCUGCAGCUUCCUUGUACCUGGCCUCUGUUCAACCUCUGUUCAGACUCUGUUCAGCCUACCUACACUCGCCUACCUACUUAAUGCCCGAUGCAUUGUUCAUGGAUCUUCCUUCGCCUCUCUUUGUACUAGACAGUACUAUUACCUGACGGGGGUUCAGCCAUACAGCAAUUUCCUCGCUUACCUCGGCCGUCAAUCUUCACUUCCCCUCGCUUCCUUCGUGUUCUUUAGACUACUAACUUACUGUAGUUCGUAUGUAAGACUGGGAAUUCAUCGGCAUCGUACACUACCGACCGACUUAUUUACGCUCUAAG